AUGGGGAAAAACAGCAAAGCUGGAGAACUGAGGAAGCGAAAACAAGAAAAGAAGCAAGAAAAUGGCACAGGUCACGUGACCAAUGACGACAAUAAAAAGCUGAAGACCGACGCAGCGUCAAGGAAUGGGUCUGCAGCAAGGCAUGCCGGGAAGCCAACCGACACGUUAUUCUAUGUCGCGGGCGCUUUUCUUCUCGGAGCAAUUCUUAUGGCAUUUCUGAAUGGCCCGAAAGAAACGGUUAAUCUGCCAACAGAAACGCCACCAAAACCGGCAGAAAACACGGACAAAAUUCUACAACCAGCAGAGAAAGAAGCCAAAUCUUUCUUACCGCACAAACAACAAGAAAAGGUGAACCAAGAAAACGUGAUCGAACAGGAGUUUAUGAGACCUUGGUAUCACUAUCCCCGUGUGACCGACAAAAGCACCAUCUCGCGGAAAUCUGAGGAACUGCAGCCUGAUAAAGUUGAGUUGAUAAAAGAGAGUGCUUCAGCGGGAGGAUGGAAUUCUGCCGACAGGGAGACUGCGCAGAAACUGUCUACGUCAUCAUGUCUGAUUGACAGGCACUACGUGGAUGACGUCACUCCACAGAUGUUCAGAGAUAACUUCAGGUAUAAGAACCCGCUCAUCAUCCGGUUUCGGAAUGGCGCUUCCGGAUGGGUCAACACACCGGACUGGGGAAAACGGAACCUACUGGGGAAAUACUCCGGCUGGACGGUCCGAUCAGCUUAA